AUGUCAGGAGAGGGACACAUGAUGGUGAUUCCGAAGUUAGAUGGUGACUUUGAGCAUUGGAGCAUGCUCAUGGAAAAUCUGCUGAGAUCCAAGGAGUGGUGGAGUCUGGUAGAGACAGGCUAUGUUGAGCCUGGUCGUGGAGAUAUCCUCACUGGACAGCAGAGGCAGGAGUUAGCUGAGAAGAAGCUAAAAGACCUGAAGGUGAAGAACUACUUGUUUCAGGCGAUUGACAAAUCCAUUCUGAAGACGGUAAUUCAGAAAGACACAGCCAAACAACUGUGGGAUUCGUUGAAGAUCAAGUACCAGGGAAACGAGCGUGUGAAGCGAGCACAACUUCAACGCUUGAGGAGGGAGUUUGAGAUCUUGGAGAUGAAGGAAACAAAGAGCAUCACCGAGUACUUCUCAAGAGUGUUGCUAACUGCAACAGAUAUGCGGAACCUUGGAGAAGAUAUGGAGGAUACUAAGAUCGUGGAGAAGAUCUUGAGAACUCUCUCUGAGAGAUUCACUUACAUCGUGUGCUCACUCGAGGAGUCUAAAGACAUAGACAGCCUCACGGUGGAUGCUCUCCAAAGCUCGCUUUUGCUUCAUGAGCAGAAGAUCCAAAGGCAUGCUAAGGGAGCAAGGCACGAUGAGCAAGUUCUGCAAGUGACAUAUGGAGUCAGUCAACUGAAUGCAACAAGAGGAAGAGGAAGAGGAGGUUCAGUCAGAGGACGUGGUGGCAGAGGAACGGUCAACAAGGAGUUGGUGGAAUGCUACAAAUGUCACAAAUUUGGACAUUUUCAGUAUGAAUGUCCUGAUUGGGAGAAGCAAGCAAACUACGUUGAGUUUGAUGAAGAAGAGGUACUUGUCUUAAUGGCUCAUGUUGAGAUGACGAUCGACAGUUCGUCACCUACGGUGGCGAUGGAAGUGGAAGGGUCUUCGGUGGUGGCGAUGGAGGAAGAAGAAUCUCCAGCGGCGGCAAUAGAACCGAGAGAUCUACCAAAGAUUAUGGUGAGUAGAGAUGUGGUCUUUGAAGAAGCUGCGAGUUGGGAUUGGGGAAGGAAAAGUGCAGAUGAUGGUCCAACACCUGAAUCUGAUGUUCCAACACCUGAAUCUGUUGCUGCAACACCUGAAGCAGAAAACACGAUUGCUCCAAACUCUGGAGAAGAUGUUGGGUCUCGUGGGAGUUCCAAAGUAAACUGA